AUGGUGCGGCUAUUGCUCGACUAUCCCGGCAGCCAGGUCGUCCAGAGCGUCCUCCAGCUGCCUCUUCUGUGCUACGCGGCAUUUACGGGCAAAGAGGAGGUGAUCAAGGUCUUGAUCCAGCACGGGGUCUCACUGCAGGGCGUCGAUGGCCGCUACGGCCGAAAUGCGCUCUCCUGGUCGAUCGCUAACGGCUAUCGAGCGGCAUUUACACGGCUGUUGCAUACCCUUGGCAUCGGUUGCGACAGUGUGGAUCAACUGGGCCGCACGCCCCUGUUUUACGCAGCUGUUGAAGGCUUUGAGCAGAUGCUCGAGCAACUUCGGGUCCGUGGCAGCGAUGUGCAUCGCCAGGAUCGGUUUGGCCUCAGCAGCCUGUUUGUGGUGGUGCAGCGCGGCUGUGGGCACCUCGUCCGAAGGAUUCUGGGGAAUCAUCCGCUGACGAAGGAACCCCGGGAUAGCUUUGGGCGCAGUCUCUCGUGGUGGAUGCGGGCGACCGGGAACGAUCACUUGCGAGACCUAGUUCUUAGUCUUGGGAUGCAGAUUGGGGAUGAUGCGCCGGUCGAACAAACCCAAUACUAUAUGCAUGUCCAAUCCAAUCGAUCGAUCCAGGUAUGUGACGUCUGCACUCUUCACACUGCGCGAGACAAUCGUGAUAUCUAG